AUCGCGAUGUGGAUCAUGUUGGGUGAGUGACAAUGAUGAGAUUAUUUGAAAACGUAUGCCAUGUUGACAUGAGUAUUAUUAUUUCUACAUAUCUGUGACUGUGUAGAGGAUCUCACAAAUGUCAGACUGUAACAGAGUGAGAUAUUCUAGAGAAAUAAUUUAAAAAAUUGCUGCAUGGCAGCACUUUUGUCAAUGUUGAGUAUCACAUCUGUGAGCGAACCAACCAACGGAACACAAAAUGUUGGACUCCAGUGGCUUGUAAAUGUUUAGCAGUCAUUCCAUGUAAAUAUUCUAUGAAACCUAAUACGUCUUGAUAUUGACAUUGCUUUAUUCCAGGCUUUCGUUGCUGUCGAAGCGAUGAGUGAUCGAAGCUGCAUACAGUCAGGUGGCAAACAAAAUGUCGAACUGAGUGCUGUUGAUCUAUUGAGCUGUUGCGAAAGUUGUGGACUUGGUUGUGAAGGUGGAUUUCUUGGUCCUGCUUGGGAUUAUUGGGUGGAAGAAGGUAUUGUUACUGGAAGUUCGAAGGAGAAUCACACCGGCUGUGAACCCGAAAUGAAAGUCAACCAGACUCCUAGUUAUAAAUCCACGUGUCAGAAAGGAUAUAAAACUCCAUACGCUCAAGACAAGCGUCGAGGUAAUUCAUCCUACAAUGUUGAUAGUAAUGAAAAGACUAUUCAAAAAGAAGUCAUGAAAUACGGAUCAGUAGAAGCGAGUUUUACCGUUUAUGAAGAUUUUCUAAAUAACAAAUUUGGAAUCUAUAAACGUAUUACUGGGGAAUUCGUUGGUCGACACGCCAUGCGUAUCAUCGGAUGGGGUGUAGAAAACAAUACUCCUUAUUGGUUGAUUGCGAAUUCGUGGAAUGAACAUUGGGGUGAAAAUGGAUAUUUCAGAAUACUACGUGGUCAUCAUGAGUGUGCCAUUUUAAUCCGAAGUAACAGCCUGUCAAAUUAA